CAUUCAAAACUAUCAAAUAUCAACGGUUUUUAUAUUUACUUAGUAUUACUUAGAUACAACGAAAACGGUUGAUUGUUUCGAAUCAAUAUCGUUUGUUUCGAUGGUCAAUCGUCGAUUGUUUUGAUAGCUUAAACAAUCGAGUUAAUCGGUGAACCGAUUAUCCGAGAGAAUAGAUAGUUUAAACUACCGAUAGUUUUUACUCGGUGGUGCACAUCACUAGUACCAUUGAUUGAAUGUAUCUUUAAUCAAUGUUAGUACGUAGUAAGUACUUUACGCGUAUGACAUACACUGGAACACGUUACGCUUACGAACGGCGCAUUACCAACACCUGACAAUUGGAUUGGUGUGCGGACUGUCGUUUUGUUGAUGUUAAAAAUUCGAUUUAAUUUCGCCUACAUAGAUAUGCGGCAGGGAAAAGAUAGAAAAAAAACCAUUUCGCUUUCACUACCGGCAGACUGGACUCGCGCGCGUCACCGGUCGUCUGGAGCAGCGGUUUUGCGUCAUAGGCUCGUGGUACCGAUUACACGACCGCUAUGGAUACGUGAUGACGAGAUACUAAAAUCGACGUGAGUGCAUACGGGAAUUACACUAGCUGCCGUGUUGCUCCACUUCUCCGACGGUCUGACGUCGUACGUCCGUUGGUCGUUUGGCGUCUGCUGCACACCCUGUCAUUGCACGAGUCACGCGACCUGAUACCUCUUAUCCAUUUUUUCUUUUCCGUGCUACUAUCAUCGGUGCCGAUACCAUCACCGUCGCGUCCCCCAUCCGUGUUGGCCGCUCAGCGCGCUCGUGUACGUAUGUACGUGUGUGUGCGCGUGUGCGAGAGCGGUUCGAGUGUGCGAGUGCGUGAGUGUCCGUCCGUUCGUCCGUAGUCCGUACGCGAACUGCCCUCCUCGCUCUAUUGGAGAGUAGGUACUACCGGCAACUAUUCGCCACCACGCGCACGGUACAGGCAGCUGCCCAAUCGACGACGACGACGACGGCUUGUGCGCUCGGAAAGUUUUCUACUCGCGCGGACGGCCGCGGUGUGACAUUAGAAUGACCGGUUCGCCGCCGCCGUCACCCACCGUCAACACCGUGUUCGUCGUCGUCGCUGCUGCUGCCGUCGUCGCCGUAAUCGUAACAUCUCGUUGUCCGCUGACACCGUCGUCGCCGCCGUCCUUUGCCGUCAAUGUAGAAAUGAUGAUGCGCAACGCCGUAGCGUAAAAGCCGUAACCGUCACACCGCUGCCGUAGCCGCCGCCUCCGCUGCCGCCGCCGCGCCGGUCGCCCGAGAUACGAAGUAGUAAUAAUAUGGCAUCGUUGCCGCAACCGAAAUUCGAACCUAAAGCCCCCGAUAAAAGCUCGCCGGCCGUGUGUGACGUUUCCAAGAAAAUCCAAGAGUCUGACUGUUCGAACAACAAUAAGUCAAAAUCUCUAUCACUGGAUUUAUCAAAUUUAAAUACUGCUAGUUUUAAGAAUUUAUUAGAAGAAGUGGUCGCGUACGACACGGCUAAACAGACUAAAAGUGAAUUGUACAAUUCUGUGUUACAGAAUCUGCUGGAGGAUGUAACUCAAAAUGGCGAAGAUGAUGUUAAGCGACCGUUGCUCAAUCAACGUUUAGUUGAUAGCCAGACUGAUCUUGAUAAGUUAUCAUCUAAAGACCAACACAUCAAGGAAAAUUCAUCUCUUGAAGCUUUUGAUUUGGCACCUGACUUCAAAAAACGUCUGUCUGGUGUCAGUACUAAAGUUAGUGCACGUCAACUAGAAGGAGGUUCAUUGCCAAGUCAUGUUAACCAUGCACAAGCUCUAUCUGUACUGAUAAACAAAAAAAAUAUCCAAAACAAUCGCAAGAAAAUUGCUGAGUCUUCAAAAAUGGCUAAAAAUGUAGACAAAGUAGUUGAUCUUGGAAACUUUGGGUAUGAACAAGUUGAGGAAAAAGAUAUGUCAAAUUAUACUAGUCAUGCCAGUUUGGAAAUUUUUCCUGUAAAAGAUGAGACUAAAAUAGAUGAUCGGUUGACUACACCUUUAUUAACCAAGCAAUCAAGUCAAAAUUAUGAAGAUCAUGAUGCUUAUAUGGAGAUAGAUGCUUCACCAUACACUAAAGAUUCUAAAGAUGUAAUGACUAAAGUACUGCCACGGACUUCAGGUGAGGGCGAUCAAGGCGUGAAAAACUUGUUACAUCAACCAGCCACAGUGGUAACGGAUUUUAAUAAAGAUGCACAAAUGAUAGACCAUCAAUUGUUCCACCUAUUUGGCAGCCAAAUUAAUUGCUAUCAAAAUCCGUAUAACGGAUAUACUCCACCACUGAAUUUCCAUUUUUUAACACCAAAUGAUAACCUAGGAUUACAGACUGCAUAUAGUAAUAAUAGAAAAAACAAUUUUGAAGAUACUAGUAAUGCUACUGGACAUAAAAGAAACAAACAAAAAAAAGAAUUAAGAAAGAAAGAUGAAGUUGUUCGUUCUGAAGAUAUUCAAGGUUAUCGAGGGGACAAAAACAUUGAUGAAAUUUUAAAGUUCAUUGGUGAUAAAAGUAGUGAUAGUAAAAAAAAUAAAGGUAGUAAGACCAAAAAUAAAAUUAAAAGUCGAAAUGGCAAAGGUUCUGAUGAUGACUGUGAAAGAUCAAAAAACCAAAAAAUGAAAAUGACUAAAUAUAAUAGUGUAGAAGAAGUAUCUAUUACAGUCUUUCAACAUAUGGAUAGUUCAGAUGACGAGUCUAAAUCAAUUAAAAGUAAUAAAAAACAAAAAAAAAAAGUAACUAAACAAAAUAAAUCUUCCAAGAAGUUUGCCUCAACAGAACAAAGACUUGAUGUAUUAUCAUCAGAAUCACAAGAUACUGAUUCAGCAGAUUUUUUAUUGGUUACCAAUAAGCAGAGAAGAAAAAAACAAAAAUCACAAAAUAAGUUAAAUUCGACCACUAGUAACUUUCCUCCUCAUGACUCCUAUUUAUUGUCACAGUACACACAACCUAAAACUUCAAAAAAUAAAAAGAGAAGGAAAUCUACAUCUUCGAUGCCUCAUUCUGAUAAAUCUGAAGAUAACUCUGAUCUCGACUCUGUACACUCUCUACCCGCCUCAUCUACACCUUCUAAACAGCCAUCAUAUAAAGAAGCUCCUAAAACUGAUUUGAUUAAACCUGUCUGUGUAGUUACCACUUCUGAAGAGUCAAUACCAACAGUUACCAUUGCAUUACCACUACGAAAUGUCGACAUUGCUAGUAAUGUAAAUGAUGCUAAUGAAUGUGUCAAUGGGGAUGUGCAUGUAACAUAUAUUGUACAUGAAUCCCAGAGAGCGGAUCUUGAAACCGCUAAAAAGACUGUCGUUUUAAACAAAGUUCCUGCACCGAUCCCCUCACAGAGCGCCUCGCUAACUGUGCGUGUACCGUCAAAGAAAAAACAGAGCCCAAUUAUGUAUAAUAAAUAUGAGGUAGAUACAAGCUUAUCAUUCGGAUUUGAAAUCGACCAAAAUUUAUUGUGUGAUAAUGGUGAUGAUUAUUCACCUCCCGUACCAAUUCCUAUGCCUAUAGAGUACAACUACAGAGAAGUAAUAUUGUUCAUCAAACAAGCUUGGCAAGACGUUGAAAAAGAGAAAAUCAAUGGUAGAUCCAACAUUUUGGAGUACAAACGAGAUAACAGUAGUGUUUCCUGGGACAUUUGAAAUUUCUGCCAAACAUAAUUUGUGUUCAACAACUAAUCAUAUUUUGUAAUAAAUAAAGAAUUUUUUUCAUUCCAUAGAAAAAAAUUCUACUGAAUUCGUUAAUAUUCUUCAAGAAGUUUUUAUAUAUCAUAGUAAUUAUUUAUGUAUGUAAAUUGUAUAUAAUGGAACAGUGUUGAAAAUUACUUUUUCUUCUUCUUUACAAAAAAAAAAAAAUAUAUAUAUUAAUUUAAAUAAGUGACUUUGUCACUGCAAUUAUUUCUUUCUUGGCAAAUAUUGUGUAUAUGAUUGUUAAUUUAAAAAGAUCAUUACAUUUUUUUUUCUUUUGUUAAGUUUGUACGUUCAAGUUUGUUUCGCUUAUAUAAAAACAAUAAUUAUAUUAUGGGGGCAACUAAAAAACUGGUCACAAAGUCAAAUUUGUGAAUUAUUCAAGUUGUUGGAGGUUAACACGUCAAUAUUAACAUUUUUUUAAUGUACUUACAUACUAUUUGUUUCAAAACUCAAAAAAAUGUAUUUGUUAUGUUCA